AUGGCAGUGAAAAUAUUCGAUCAUUUCAUCGAUCUAUUCCUACUAACUAUGGGUGUAUUGGAAAAUCCCGAGUACAAGAAGUUCGGUAUCCCUUUCUUCAUCGUGUACUUCGGAUUCAUAAUCGUAGAUACCUUCGGUAUGAUGGUCGGAGUGGCUACGACGGAUGAUCUGAUCAGAAUAGCCAUCCAAUUCGGUCAAUUGACAACUCAGCUUAAUUGUAUCGCCAUGAUGACCUACUACAAGAUAUCGAUGACUCUGGUACUCGAACUAAUCGCCAAAUUGCGUGAAAACAGUUCCAAGUGGUUGGAAGCCGAGCCAAUAAUGGAGCAGUUUAUGAGAUCGGUCAUCUUAAAAGUUUUUAUCGGGUAUUACGUGGCUAUUAUUUUCACCGUCGCUCCCGUCCUGGCUGGGCAAUUCAAUUCGGUCGAAGUUAGCGAAAAGUAUUCUUACGUGACGCCAUUUUGGUAUUCUUGCGGUACUUUGGAGCAUUCUGUGUUCAGACACGUUUGUUGGAAUGUCGAAACUCAUUUCGAGUUAUUUUGGUCAAAUAUAGCUCAAGCUUUCCUGUACUAUUGUACUUUACACGCGCUCAUCAUGUUGUUGUUGUUUUAUACCAUUUUGACGUUCAAUGUUAAAAUUCACGCUCAAGUGCUGACCAAGAAAUCGGAGCAGUUGGCCAACGAUACGUAUCUGUUUAUCGAAUUGAAUAGCAGGAAUUCGGGGGAUAAUUUCGUCAGGAUGAGGAAUGAGUUCGAUCGGGAUAUUUUACUCAAGUUUUUGGAGUUGUUGAAGCAUCAGCAGUUUAUCAGGGAAUUUGCUAUCGAAGUGACACGAUUGGUGCAUUGGAUGGUGAUGAUAAACGUUACUGGGAUUUUUUGCGCUUUAUCUAUGACCGCAUUUUUUACCAUUGUUGAGAAAACUAACGAUUCGUUAUUGGCUUCGAAAAUGGCUACGAUGUCGAUUGUGAUGAUUGUGACCUUGUUCAUCUACUGUUACAAUGCUCAAAUGAUCUCUGAUCUAGGUCCUACCAUAAUGGAUAACAUGCUAGAUAUUCCUUGGUAUCUGCAGAGUCUACGGUUUAGAAAGACUUUCGCUAUUGCUCUGUGUCUGAAUCAAAAUCUAGUCAUGACUGUUCGUUCGACGUAUUCGUGGCAAUAG